CACACCAAAUCCACUUCCUUGUUAUCUUUUUUCUAAAAAACUUGGCUGCCAAAAUCUCUAUUUGUUUUUACACAGUCAAGGCCAAUACAAAAGCAAUGGUCAUACUGGGCACUACACGAUUGUGGUUUGAAUGGACUAUGGGGGACAGUCGUGUCCCAAUGAGUUUAUACAGCGACUGUGCGUCUUCAUAGAGUCGAGAAUAAUGGCAUCCUCACCAAUGACCAUCCUCUUGCUGGCAGUAUGUCUGCUGGUCACUGCAUCAAAUGCUCAAGACGAUAUCUUAUUUCCAUUUGGAGAAGGCUCCUCACUUGUCCCAUACGGUUAUGUGUGCACCAAGGUUUCCAUCCCGAUAUCAUUUCCUUUCUUUGUUCAGAAUUACACUUCUCUCUACGUUUGUCACCACGGUGUGAUAUCGUUUAGUCAACAAAAUGUCGGAGAUCACGCACAAGCAUUUCCAUUGGGAUUUCCCCUGUUAGCGGUUUAUUGGAGCCACAUAAGGCCAACUAGCCAGGGGAAUGUCACGUAUCGCCAACUGCACCGUAUCUCUUCGGACGAGGCUAUAUUUGACCGGGCAGAGACAGUAAUCAGACGGGCUUUCGGUAGCCAUCUUCAGUUCAAAGCAUCGUGGAUGUUAAUUGCAACUUGGUUUAAUAAUACCCUAAGUCACCCAAGAGGUCAAGGCACAACUAGCACCUUCCAAGCUGUCUUAGUGACAGAUGGUGAUCUGUCGUUUGCCAUAUAUAACUUUAAAGAACUAGCGCAAGAUUUAUUUCAAACCCAGGUUGGAUAUGAUGCAGGUGACGGAACUACCUACUACAGUGUACCCGGGUCUAUGACAGAUCAGAUUUACAGUAUCAUCAAUGCUACAAACAUCGGCACUAGAGGGCGCUGGCUCUUCCGUACAGACACACAGGAUACGGAACAUGAUCUUGGGAUUACGGCUCCACUGUUUGAUUCAUAUUCUUCAAACGAUUAUGACUCGUCAUCGUCUGACAUAACUUUUGAUACGGAACCUCCUACAAUAAACAAUUGUCCUACUGACGUCAUCAUCCCUGGGCUAUCAACCAGACCAGUAUCUUAUACAUGGAGCCCUCCAUUCUUCUCAGACAGUUCUGCUGGGGUCCGUCUUGUUGGCGGAAGUGUUCCCUCUGAAGGUAGAGUUGAAGUAUUCUAUGAUGGCCAAUGGGGCACUGUAUGUGAUGAUGGAUGGUACAUCACAGACGCAAGCGUUGUGUGCAGACAACUUGGCUUCACUGGUGCAACUAAUGCUUGGCUGAGUGCACACUUUGGAGAAGGAACAGGUCAAAUAUUCAUGGACGACAUCAACUGCGAUGGAAAUGAGAAACGACUUCAAGAUUGUGCUUUUGGGGGAUGGGGUGACCACAAUUGUUACCAUGCAGAAGAUGCUUCAGUGACGUGUAACACAGACCGGUCCUUUAAUAACUCAUAUCGGUCUGUUGUUGUGGUGUUUGGUUGCCUGGCAAGCGUCUCCAAUGAAUGUCAUCAAGAUGGGUACGGAACUUUCUCAGUUGGAGAUACCGAGGUGAUGUACAAUGGAACAGACAAGUCUGGGAAUCAGAACUUCUGUAACUUCACCAUCACAGUCAAAGAGGUUAAUUUAGUCUGCCCGCUUAAUAUAACACUACCAACCGAAGCCGGCUCGGACACAACCAGAGUCAACUGGACAGAACCGGUUCUAACCGGAUGGGACGAGACAAACUUCACAUCGACUGCUCAGUCUGGAGAUGUAUUUCGUAUUGGUUCACAGAGGGUGACGUACCAUCAGAGGUUUGCGUCCAGUCUGAUUUUGACCUGCUCCUUUGAAAUAGUUAUUGUAGAUGUGGAGCCUCCUACUGUUAAGGACUGUCCCAGUGACGUCACACUGUUUAUCAAUUCAACCAAUCAAAUACCUCACUCAUGGGUCGCUCCAGUCUUCUCGGAUAACUCCGGUCAGUCUGUUGUUGUGGUGUUUGGUUGCUUAGCAACUGUCUCCAAUGAUUGUCAUCAAGAUGGGUACGGAACUUUCUCAGUUGGAGAUACCAAGGUGACGUACAAUGGAACAGACAAGUCUGGGAAUCUCAACUUCUGUAACUUCACCGUCACAGUCAAAGAGGUUAAUUUAGUCUGCCCGCUUAACUUGACACUACCAACCGAAGCCGGCUCGAACACAACCAGAGUCAACUGGACAGAACCGGUUCUAACCGGAUGGGACGAGACAAACUUCACAUCGACUGCUCAGUCUGGAGAUGUAUUUCGUAUUGGUUCACAGAGGGUGACGUACCAUCAGAGGUUUGCGUCCGGUCAGAUUUUGACCUGCUCAUUUGAAAUUAAUGUUGUAGAUGUGGAGCCUCCUACUGUUAAGGACUGCCCCAGUGACGUCACACUGUUUACCAACUCACCAAAUCAAAUACCUUACUCAUGGAUCCCUCCUUCCUUUGAUGAUAAUUCUGGUCAGUCUCUUGAUGUGGUGUUUGGUUGCUUAGCAACCGUCUCCGAUAAAUGUCAUCAAGAUGGAAAUGGAACUUUCUCAGUUGGAGAUACCGAGGUGAUGUACAAUGGAACAGACGCAUCUGGGAAUCAGAACUUCUGUAACUUCACUAUCACAGUCAAAGAGGUUAAUUUAGUCUGCCCGCUUAAUAUAACACUACCAACCGAAGCCGGCUCGAACACAACCAGAGUCAACUGGACAGAACCGGUUCUAACCGGAUGGGACGAGACAAACUUCACAUCGUCUGCUCAGUCUGGAGAUGUAUUUCCUAUUGGUUCACAGAGGGUGACGUACCAUCAGAGGUUUGCGUCCAGUCUGAUUUUGACCUGCUCCUUUGAAAUCGUUAUUGUAGAUGUGGAGCCUCCUACUGUUAAGGACUGUCCCAGUGACGUCACACUGUUUACCAAUUCAACCAAUCAAAUACCUCACUCAUGGGUCGCUCCAGUCUUCUCGGAUAACUCCGGUCAGUCUGUUGCUGUGCUGUUUGGUUGCUUAGCAACUGUCUCCAAUGAUUGUCAUCGAGAUGGAAAUGGAACGUUCUCAGUUGGAGAUACCGAGGUGACGUACAAUGGAACAGACAGGUCUGGGAAUCAGAACUUCUGUAACUUCACCGUCACAGUCAAAGAUACUACACCUCCUUGGGUCGAACAAUGUCCUGAUGACGUCACCAUUCCUACCAGAUUGGCAGAUCAAGUAGGUUAUACGUGGGUCCCUCCAGUCUUCUCGGAUAACUCUGGUCAGCCUGUUGAUGUGGUGUUUGGUUGCUUAGCAACCGUCUCCAAUGAAUGUCAUCAAGAUGGAAAUGGAACUUUCUCAGUUGGAGAUACCGAGGUGAUGUACAAUGGAACAGACAGGUCUGUGAAUCAGAACUUCUGUAACUUCACCGUCACAGUCACAGAGGUCGGCCUAACAUGUCCUGUGCUUGAGGUAGUACCAGCCAGUCCUGGCGAAAACUCAUCCAGUGUGUUCUGGAAGGAUCCGGAUGUAACCGGAUGGGACGGAUCAAACUUCACCUCGACUGCCAAGUCCGGAGAUGUAUUUGAGAUUGGGACACGCAAUGUUACAUACGACCAGUGGUUUGGGGUCAAUAAUCUUCAGUUGACAUGUUCUUUUAACGUCAGUGUUGUUGGUCAAUGUGUGAAUGACAAAACCAAUGAUACCCGACAUGGUGACCUGUCAUGGCUGGCCACGAUUGCUGGAACUGAGGCAAAGUCAGUUCAGAGAUGUGAACUUCAAACUAAAAAAGCUGGGCAUCCGAAAGCCACCAGGAAUUGUUCAACAGCUGCGUCUCCCCUGUACUUUUCUUGGGAAGAUCACGUGGGACAAAGCUGUGGCGAAUCAGAGGACACCAUCAGUGUUGAACAAGUCGUGGAGGUCCCUGUCAGUGCAGGAAAUGCAAAAGAAGUGGCUGUGUUUCUGUCUAAGCAGACUUUCUCAUCUUCAGAUUCUAGCGAUGACAACGUCGAGGAUAUUUCAACGAUUUUAGACAACAUUGUCAAGGCAGAAUCAGGGGAUGUAGAGGUGACCGAGGCUGUUAUUCAGACAGUUGCCAAUGUCAUAACGAAUGUUCAAGAGAGCCAAGGCACCGCGGACAGCACGACCUCCUCGGCCAUCGUCAAGUCCGUAGAACAACAGGUUUCCCUGACCCUUCAGCAAGGAGGAAAUGUCAGCAUACAACAGGAAACCAUCCAUGUCAAAGCUGUGAGCAUUGACCCCCAGAAAGCAAGUAAUGGAUUCAGCUUUGCGUCAGUACAACAGGAGUCGGCUGGCUCGAGGUCACCACAAGAGGGCUCUCUAGAUGGCACUGAGGUCAAGACAUUCACGAAUGCCAGCGAAGUACCAAAGGAUGUUGUUGCAUCGAUUCAGUUACCAGCUAGCAUUCUUGACCAUUUGCCGCCAGCCUUUGCUAACGCGUCAUUGAAGAUUAGUUUCAUAGUCUACGCUGAUGACACGUUGUUCCAAACGGGCGUUAAGAACUUGACAUCAAAGGUCGCUGGGUCCGUCGUUUCACUGGCAGUGGAAGGUGUCGAGCUAAAAAACCUAACUGAUCCAGUGGUUAUAGACUUCAAGACACCAACCAAUGCAUCUGAGGAGGACUUGGACACCAUCCAAUGUACAUUCUGGGAGUUUGGUAGCGAAGAGGAUGAAGCUGGUUCUUGGUCAACUGAUGGGUGCAAACGAGCAGACACACCCACUGAUAAAGUCUCCUGUGAAUGUAACCACGCCACUAACUUUGCCAUACUCAUGGAUGUGAAGGGUCAGAAACGUACAGAUGAUGGUCUCUCAUUCACCCCAGCACUUGAUCUCAUCAGCCAAAUAGGAGGUGCUCUAUCGGUCAUUGCUCUGUCUCUUACCCUGGUAAUAUACCUCUCCAUAAGGAAACUGCGAACCGGCAAAUCUCGUCAAAUUUUCAUCCAUUUCUGCUUCUCCUUGCUGCUGCUCUACCUCGUGUUCCUGGCUGGUGUGGACAAUGCUAGAGGCUCUGGAGGAGGGUGUGUAUUUGUGGGUGCUCUGCUUCACUACUUGACUCUGACCACCAUGAUGUGGAUGGCUGUUGAAGCCAGGAAUAUGUACGUCAGCACCGUUAAGGUGUUCCCUGAGGACACUCCCCUGUACAUGGUCAAAGCUGGACUCCUUGCUUGGGGAUCUCCUUUCAUCCUACUGAUAAUAACACUAUCAGCAGCGACAGACUCCUACCGGAAUGAACAUUAUUGCUUCAUCUCUCCUGGUCUGGCCAUGUACCUCGGUCUCCUCACCCCAAUCGCUCUCAUCCUCCUCCACAACGUCAUCACUUUCAUCCUGGUCAUGCGCAGUCUCCUCAAGGUCAAAGAGGCAUCUCGGUCAGAGCAAAUAACCAAACGCCUCCAGAAUGCUGUGGGAAUCUCAGCCCUCAUGGGCUUAACUUGGUGCUUUGGGUUUCUGGCCAUUGAAGGGGCAACUUUUGCCUUCCAGCUCCUCUUCUGUCUGUUUAACUCCUUGCAGGGUGUGCUUGUGGGUGUCAUGUUCUGUGCCCGACGUGAAGAGGUUCGAGUGGCAAUUGCCCCCUACCUGAGGCGUAUCUGCUGUGGGCGUGAAUGCCGAUUGCCCAUCCAUCGCGAUGAGAAGCCUACUAGUCUAACAACAUCUCAGACUGCACCUAAUACCAUGUCUACCGCUCCAACCACUAACUUAGACAUAUCGGUAUCUGCAUCACCUCGUGAGGCAGAGACGGAGAUACGCUAAGUAGAGACAGACAUUUGCUGAGUACAUGUAGAGACGGAGAUACCUUAAGCAGAGAUAGAGAUAUGCUAAGCAGAGACAAACAUACGUUAUAAAAGUAGAGACGGACAUACGCUAAGUAGAGACGGAGAUUCGCUAUUAAGCAGAGACAGACCUACGCUUAGAAAAGAUUAAGAUACGCUAAGUAGAGACAGAAAUACGCUAAGUAGAAAAAGUGAUAUGCUUAGUAGAGACAGAGAUACGCUAAGUAGAGAUAUGAUUUGCUAAGCAACAGACAUACGCUAAGCAGAGACGGACCUACGCUAUUAAGUAGAGACAGACAUACGCUUAGUAGAGAUUUAGACACGCUAAGUAAAGACAGAGAUCUGCUAAGUAGAGACAGAGUUACGCUAAGUACAGACAGAUAUACGCUUAGUAGAGACAGGGAUACGGCAAAGAGACAUAUAUUUGCUAAGUUAAAUCAUAGAUACGUUUAGCAGAGAUGGACAUACGCUAUACCACUACUUAUAUGAGAUCUUCCACCACAUGAUGUUGUUGCUUACAAGUGUUCAUGUUUGGAAAUGUUUUGAUCAGUGUACAGUAAAAUGGUAUAGUAAAGUAAUUGGUGAUGGUUAUCAGAAAUGGACCCUCUUUAGCCAUUGCAUUAACAUCUAGUGACAUAUAUGGAUGUUCUCAGUCAACUAAUGUAACCAAGACAACAUUAAAUAAUGGUGAAAUAAGGUACCGGACACUAUUGGUAA